ACCAGGACCAGGAGGAUGCGGCAACCUUGCUUUUCAGACGCGCCCUGCCUCGGCCCGCAGCGCCCGGGAACGGGCGGGAGCGCCCGGAUCGGCGCGCGCCCUUUAAGGCGCGGAGGCCCGGAGGGCGCGGGUGGCACCGCUGCCACCGCAUUUCCUGCCGGCAGCCGGGCGGCGGCACCGCGAGCGCCCGACGCGGAGCCCAGGCUGGCCAUGGCGGGCCUGCUGCGGGCCGGCCUGUGGCUGUGCGCGCUGGCCCUGUGCGUCCCGGCCGGGGCGGCCCCGCGCCCGUGCCAGGCGCCGCAGCAGUGGGAGGGUCGCCGGGUGCUGUUCCGGCGCGACAGCGGCCUCCGCAGCCGCGCGCUGCUGGCCUACGACGGGCCGCAGAGACGCGUGCGCGUGCUGGAGGAGAGGAAGGCGCUCAUCCCGUGCCGCCGAUUAUUCGAAUAUAUUUUGCUCUUUAAUGAUGGAGUGAUGUUUCGGAUUGAGCAAUCCACCAAGCAGUGCUCCAAGUUCCCCCUGACGGAGCCCUGGGACCCACUGGACAUCCCCCAGAACUCCACCUUUGAGGACCAGUACUCCAUUGGCGGGCCGCAGGAGCAGAUCACUGUUCAGGAGUGGUCAGACAGGAAGUCGGCGAGAUCAUAUGAAACCUGGAUUGGCAUUUAUACACUCAAGGAUUGUUAUCCUGUCCAGGAAACCAUCACCAAAAAUUACAGUGUGAUGUUCUCCACGCGUUUUUUUGACAUAGAGCUGGGCAUUAAAGACCCUUCAGUGUUUACACCCCCGAGCACGUGCCAGGAAGCCCAACCGGAGUGGACAAGUGAGGACUGCCCCUGGUGAGCCCCUGAAUGCAGAAGCAACUGCCUGGGGCAUCUCGAGCCUGGAGACCCCAUUCAAAAGGGACUUAACUGGGAAGAGAUGAGAACCUUCAUUGGAAAUAAACCCCAUAAUUUUACAAACAUUAUUGUAAUUUUUCCUGUAUGCAUGGGCUGACUGAAAGGCUGUAUCUUCAAAUGGGUGUAGAAUGGAGAGUAUGUGGUGACAGGAUUGAACCCGUGGCUCACCAGUGGCUUAAGGGUUUCUCAAGCCUGUUGGGGUGUUUCCCUGUACACGGGCAGCAGUGGCGGGUUACUUCACACACAGGACUGUUUUAUUGCUCACAUUCCUGAACAUAUCAUUGCUGACACUUGUACAAUAACCACAGUCAGGGUGGUUUAUAGUCUCUGUAGAUAAUGGGUAUUUUAUUGCCCACACCAAGGUGAAGACUACUCACUCUCUCCCUUUGGCACCUUUGGCACUCCCUCUUUGCUUAUUACACACCCACAACCCGGCCACUAAGUGAUCCAUUCAGGUCAAUUCUAGACCUGAGAUCACAUGACUUAAGAGCCUUAUCACGUGACUCAAUUGGUGUGAAUGUUUUGGGAGAAAAUGGAAAGGUAUAAAGAAAAGUAACACUUUUGCCAAAAAGAUUUUGUAAACAAGAGUCUGGAAAAUUUUUGUGCAGGCCUGAGUAAGAAUACACCAGAUAUGUUUCCCUUUUUUUGAUGUAAGAAUAUUAAUUUGUAGCCUGACUCAUUAACAUCCUUAUCAUUCAAUGUAAAGUGGUAGGGAGCAAUUAAAAAGUAGAACUGAACUUAGAGGUGAGGAAACCAUUCGAAAUGCAGAACUAGAGUUCCCUUGCACUUUUACUCUUUGAAUGGAGUAAUGUACUCACUCUGCUUCCCCUCACUCUUGCCUCCUUCCGUGUCACCUCACAGCCCCCUUACCCCGGCCUUCUGCCUAUCAUUCUUCCCUGGCUCCCUCCUGAGCUGCUGGGAGCUGCUCUCAGGCCUGGAUUGCAUGCAGCUGGAGCAUGCUGAUCUCCGUAUUUGCUAGGCUAUGUGCUAAGCUUUGCUUAUUACACACUCACAAGACUGAGUGAGCUCCUUGAGUACAGGUAGCUUGUUCUCUUUCAUUUUAUAAGCCCAGUACCAAGUAAGUGCCUGGCACAUGAUUUGUAUGCCCAGUACCAAGUAGUGCCCUAAACAUUUGCGAGUGGAGAAUAUCAGACUCUCCUAGCCUUUGUACUUCCACCUAUUAAAUGGCAUUAGGUUUGUUGAUCCCUAAGAAGAAUUCCAGUAAUAAAACUGAUGUUUCUAAAUUCUUCAAGUAUUGUAUUUCCUCUGAUCAUCUAUAUAUCUAACAUCUAUUACAAGAGAAAUGUGUGACACCUGUAUUACACUGAAAACCAACUGUAUUACCAUUUACCUAUAUUAGUUCAAUAGACAGAUUUAAGUGCAGCAUAAGGCAUUCUUUAAUACAUUGUCUUUAUAAUAAAUAUGGAUUAACUUGGCUUAAAGAACUUGAAACUGCUGUCCAGUGAAUAAAUAAAACAAUGUUAUCAAAGCUGAA